AUGGCUCGAAUGAAACUGAAGAAACUCGAGGAAUACCUGCAGAGUGUGGAUGGCUUCGAGAAGCCCAAAGUGAAUCUUGAGCAAUACCCAACUCCACCGCAUAUUGCCAGUUGCAUGAUUUACAAUAUCCAAUCAAGAUACGAGGAUAUUGAGGGCAAGAUUGUUGGGGAUUUGGGUUGUGGCUGUGGUAUGCUUAGUAUUGGGUCAUUCCUCUUGGGUGCACAUCUUACCGUUGGAUUUGAAUUAGAUGAUAGUGCAAUUGAGAUAUUCCGUUCGAAUGUAUUUGAAAUGGAAAUCCCGGCUGUAGACUGUGUACAGUCGAACGUUUUACAUUUACAAAAAUUCGAUAGAUGGAAUAAUGCAUUUGAUACGGUGGUUAUGAACCCUCCAUUCGGUACGAAAAACAACAGCGGAAUGGAUAUGAGUUUUCUACAAACUGCCAUAGAACUUGCUUCGAAUUCGGUUUAUUCUUUGCAUAAAACAUCAACGAGAGAAUACAUCAACAAAAAAGCCAAAGAAUGGGGAAUAAAAAGCGAAGUUGUGGCCGAGCUUAGAUACAAUAUCGAUUCUAGCUACAAGUUUCACAAAAAACAAUCUGUCGACAUCGAUGUGGACUUUUGGAGGUUUGAUGUUACAAACAAACAGUAAUUACAAAAAAAAAAAAUUUAUUCGUUAAAUAUUUGUUUUUUUUUUCUAUUUUAAAUUUUUGCAACAAAAUAAAUG